AUGUGCUAAUAUUAAAAGGAAAGAUUUUUAUGCAAUUUUUGUUUAUAAGAUUUUGAAACAAGUCAUAAAACAAUGGGAUUGAAUAGAGUCUAUUCAAUUAUCUUAGAAAAUCACGAAGAAAUAAGUAAAUUAAGAUUUAGGGUAAUAAAUCAUAAUAUUUAAUAACUUGAUUAAUUGAAGUAAUAUUAAAUAUUAUUGAAUUAAAGUCAUUUAUAAUCUCAUAAUUAGACUAGAUGAUUGAAAUUACAAAGAAUUGGAUAAGUAGUUUCGACAACUACUAAGAAGGUAGUUUUUUUAAAGGAUUAGAUUUAUUAAUAAAAAAUGAAUUAACAAUAGAUAAUAAUAAAAUAGUAGAAGAAAUUAAUUAUUUGAAUAAUCAAUAGAUUGAAAAGGUGAAAAUGAGAUUAGAACAAUUUAAAUCAUUUAAAUAAUAUAUUGAGUGUGAAAAGGUGUUGAAUGAUUUAAAAGUAAAUACAGUUCUAACUAUCGACAGAAUUGAAAUAUUCUAAAUAAUAAUAAUCAUCAUCAUAAUAUUAUAUAUAUAAAAUAAAUAAUGA